UGUUGGAAGGAGCGCUCCUGAAUCAUCAUCCUCGAGCAUCAAGUGGACACCUCUAGCCACGGAACUGCGUAUUCUAUUCACUUCAACGAGGACGAACAGCUCUUGAAUCAUUUUGAGACAGGAAACAAACUAGUAAUAUACUCUGCUGUCGUAUUUCUCAGUAAAUACCGGGUCACACGCAGAGCCUACAGUAAAGAAAAAGGGAAAAACGUGACACUGGAGAAACAUCAAAGAAUAUAGUGUAAAGCCACCUGUCAGACUGCGAUCACAAUGGGAAGGAAAAAAAUACAAAUCUCUCGUAUCCUGGACCAGCGGAAUAGACAGGUUACUUUCACCAAGCGUAAGUUUGGCCUGAUGAAGAAGGCGUAUGAGCUGAGUGUGUUGUGUGACUGUGAGAUUGCCCUCAUCAUCUUCAACAGCACCAACCGUCUGUUCCAGUACGCCAGCACUGACAUGGACAAGGUCCUACUCAAGUACACAGAGUACAGCGAGCCUCACGAGAGUAGGACCAACACAGACAUAAUGGAGACUCUGCGGAGGAAAGGCCUGGGUCUGGACGGGACAGAGCUGCUGGACACUGAGGAGCCCAUGCAGGUUGCAGCAGAGAAGUUCGGUCCACUAAGCGAGGGCAUGGACCUCUCCCUGGCCCGCCAGCGCUACUAUGCCCCCUCCCUGCUCUCACCCGAGGCCCAGUUCCUGGUGACUGCUGGCUGUGAGAAUGGAUACCCCAACUCGUCCAACCCCAGCCUGAGCUCCCACAGACCCCCUGCCUUCAAGCCAAUGGGCCCCAGACCAGGCUCAGUCAGCCCUGCAGGGCCCCACAGCCACGCUGCCUUCAUGUCUCCACACUCAGGUAUUGGCUACUCCAUGUUCUCCCAUGGUAACCUGAGCCGGGCCUUGGAGAUGAAGACUCCUCCCCCUUUGAACCUGGGCAAUGACAACCGGCGGGCAGAGAGCCACCCUGGUAUGGGUGGCAUUCGCGCCAACCUCAACAGUGCUAGAGACAUACUGUACCAGGGCAUGCACCCAGGGAACCACAUGCUGACCAUGGGGAAGGCAGGUCUGCUGGGCCAGAGUCUUGGGGGCUACGGCCUCUCUGCUGGACCAUCUGACUACAGCCACCCAGGUUUCUCCCAUGCUGUGAGUCUACAGCGUGGUACAGUGAACCCGUGGCAGACGGCACAACAGCAGGAGCAACAUGUACCCCACCUCAGCCCAGCGAUGUCCAGCGGAGGGUGCUCUUUUCCCUCUCAAGCCUCCACUCCCACCACUCCUCCUCACCCCUCCCUCAACCUCAGCAUCAAAUCAGAGCGGGCCUCCCCGGAGCGCAUCUGCUCUGCGACCUCUCCACCGCUGCAACAUCUGAGGCAGCACUCUCCAAUGAGCACCCCCGAUUCUGCUCGCCACACUCCCCAGGAACCUUACCCAGCCAAUGAGAGAGAGGAAUUCCUCAAAGGAGGUUUUCCCUACCCGGCUCAGCAAGGGGCAGAGGAGAAAGGGGGGCUGCCCCUGAGGCAAUUAGAAAUUAGCGAUGGGUGGCAGAGAUAGUUGGCAGCGACUACCACACACCCUCCUUCAAGCCAAAGCAAGCCUGCCACAUGGUUGCCCACUCACAGAGAGAGGAGGAUGGGGAGAUGAGGUUCAUUAAUUCACAUCAUCCCAGAGGAAAGAAAGACCCCCCUUAGAGCUGGGCUGGACUCUCCCUUGUGGGUGAUGAACAUGUGUCACUGCCUCUCUGAUCCUGAUAUAUUGCUUGGUGUGUUGUUGGGUUUUGUUGGUUUGUCUGUGUGUUGGGGUCAGAGGGUAUGUCAAACCACAUAUCAGUGUGGUUCUCUCAUCCUGUUUGAGCUACAGAGCAGAGGGUAAGGGAGAUUCAGUCAUUUAGCCAUGUUCUUAGAGCACUGUGUUUCAGAGUAGUACUUUACAUUCAGGUCCCCAGUUACAGUGCCUUCGGAAAGUAUUCAGACCCCUUGACUUUUUCCACAUUUUGUUAGAUUACAGUCUUAUUCUAAAAUUGAAUAAAUUGUUGUUUUUUCAUCAAUCUACACACAAUACCCCAUAAU